CACUGAUGUUUCUGAGUUACACUGUUGUUUCUAUCGGCCAUCACACACACAGCAGCCUCAGAGCCUCAGACCCGGAGCCUCAGACCCGGAGCAGGGGGACUUAAAUCCGCCGAACAUCUCACUUUAUCACCGACAGACAGACAGACAGACAGCUGCUGCUGAACGCAACACGACAUCUGAGCUUAUCUGGGUUAAAACAAACGUAAAACCUCCGCCUGCCCCGCUCAGGAUCAGACCAUCUUUAAAUCUGACAACAGACUAAACUCCUCCGAUAAAUCCUCGAGGACCGGAGCUUCUUCCAGGCGACACAUCCGGUACAGUCCCUAAUGGCGGAGCAUCUGUCCCAGAGUGAGCUCGACUAUCCCUUCAAACUGCUGGAGUAUUUCAACGGCUUCAGAGUGUCAAAGGUGAUAUUCUCAGCCUGUGAACUCGGAGUCUUCGACCUCCUGUUAAAGUCUCAGGAGCCGCUCAGCGCUCAACAUGUGGCUCAAGAGCUCAGAACCAGUGAGGACGGGAUGGAGAGGCUACUGGACGCACUGGUGGGCAUCGAGAUACUGGAGGUGGAGAACAUGGACGGGACAGCUGUGUACAGCAGUACAGAUGUGGCAAACCUGUAUCUGGCCAAAGGAAGCAGCAAGUCUCUGCACGACAUGAUCAUCUACCAAUCACAGACCAUCUACCCUCUGUGGAACAACAUGGUGGACGCCGUCAGGGAGGGCAGGAACCAGAAUGAGAAGACCUUCGGCCUUCCUCCAGAGGAUGUCUUCCAGGCCAUCUACAGGUCAGAGGAGGAGAUGCUGAAGUUCAUGGGUCUGAUGAACUCCUCCUGGGUUCUAGAUGGACACGACAUCGUGACGGCGUUCAACCUCUCCUGCUUUCAGAACAUCGUUGAUCUGGGAGGAUGCACUGGGGCUCUGGCCCGUGAGAUGGUGAAGGCGUACCCGUCCUCCUCCGUCACGGUGUUUGACCUCCCGCAAGUGGUCGAGAUGGCCCAGAAACAUUUCUGUCAGGAGGACGACACCGUGCUCUUCCAGAGCGGAGAUUUCUUCAGCGGUGAGGUUCCUCCUGCUGAUCUCUACGUUCUGGCCCGAAUCCUCCAUGAUUGGCCUGAGGAGAGGUGUCUGACGCUGCUGAGGAAGAUCCACCACACCUGCAGGCCAGGUGGCGGCGUCCUGCUGGUGGAAGCCAUGCUGUUUGAGAACAGACGAGGGCCCGUCAUGACUCAGAUCUUCUCCCUCAACAUGCUGGUGCAGGCGGAGGGACGGGAGCGCCCACCGUCCGAGUACACACGCAUCCUCAACAAGACCGGCUUCCACAACAUCCAGUUGUGCCGCACAGGCAAGUCUUACGAUGCCAUCCUGGCCAUCAGAUGAGCUGGAGACAGGUGGGAGAAGGAAGUGCUGGAGACAGGUGGGAGGAGUCUCAGAGAAAGUACAGGAACUUUUCAAAGACUUCAGAGGGUUUGUAGGACGACAUGAUCUGAUCAACUCUGAACACCAAAAUGUUUCCUGUCUCAGAGCUGACGGAGCUCCAGUUUCCUUUGUGACGACACGUCAGCCUGUUUUUAUCGUAUCUCCCCGACAUAGACGUUUCUCUGGACCGAAGCUGCUGCAGGAAGUUUCUGAUCAGUGUCUGAAACACAUCUGUGGAAACAAACAGAAACUCUUCAGGGUCAAAGAAAAGUUUUAGGAAAUACUCUGAGUCCAACUGACAGCCAGCAACACGUUAGCUUAGCUUAGCUCAGUUUUGCAUAACGACUGGAAACAGGUAGAAACAGUGAGCCUGGCUCCGUCUAAAAUCAGCCCACCACCCAGCCUACAUCUGUAUGUGGGGCCCUUAUAUGAGACUGUCCACAGGAUCCAUAUUGACCCCACACAGGUGUGUUCACCCAGGUGGGCUCCAUGUCAGUACUGCUGGAGCUGCCUGGGUAGCAACAGUGAUGGGCCCAAAAUGGACGUCUUAUCUGGGGCUCACCUGGGUAAACAAACCAAUGUGGGGUCAGUAUGGAGCCUGUGGACAGUCCCACACAGGGGCCCCUUAUUCAGCCCACAUGGGCCCCACAUACAGAUGUUGGCUGGGCUGCACAUCUAAACAUCACUAACAUUUUAUAUGUCUUUGUUAAUACGCACAAAAACCAAAGUGUAAAAAUGUUGUCAGUUAUCUGAACAAGUUUAAAGAUGCACUGAUGAGACGGGGGGUCAGAGCAGUUGGGGGUUUGAUGCUUUGCUCAGAGGCACCUCAGCAGCCCCAGGAUCCUGAGCCGUCAGCUCUCUGGCUCCCAGUCCACAUCCAGUGUUUGGUCCAUUCAGGGACUUGAACUUGUGAGUCUCCUCAGACUGAGCUGCCGCCGCCCCGGGCUGUGAGCUUCCGACUGACCUCGUUUUAAAAAGAGAGGACGAUGAUUUACUGUGACGGGUUUGUUUUUGUGACUGAACUGAAUCAUGAUUCAUAUACACAGUCUGAUCUUUGUAACCAUCAUCACUGUCUGUGAAGCAGCAGAGACAGGGAAACUAAAAAGCAACCAGAGUCUUUAUUUAGUAGCUUUUAAGAAACAGAGAUGUGUCUCAGCAUGAACUAAUCUCAGUGUACAAACACUAGGCAGACCUGUGUGAUCCUGGUGCACAGACUGACCCAGGUGUGUCUGAGCCUCUGUUAAUGACAGAUAUCUGUGAGACAGACAAAGAUGAAAAAGAGAAAAAGACAAUAUUAUAACCUAAAAUAAAUCCGACCUCACCAAACUAAAAUCUCAGAACCACAGAUUCACUCUUGAGUUUUUACACCUGUGUUCAGGUGAGAGCCUCACCAGGGGCAUGAUGUCUUCAGGUUGUCUGUCCGUCUGUCCCAUUCUCGUCAACAGAUGUCAAGAAUGGCUCGAGGGAGUUUCAUUCAAUUUGGCACAAACGUCCACUCUGACUGUAGAAUGAACUGAUGAGAAUUUUCUAUCCAAAAGGUCAACGGUCAUCUUGACUGUGACAUCAUCAUGUUUUAACGUCAUAUCUCAGGAACAGAAGGGGAGACAUUUGGUCAGAUACUGAAUUGGUGACUCUAAUCUUGAAACUGUGCUGAUUGUAUAGAUCUUCUGUGUGUGAAGCAUCCAUGUUUUCACUGACAUGGAUGGAGACUGUCAGAGACACUGGACUGGUGGGCGGAGUCAUACAACCACAGGGUGGACUGGUGGGCGGAGUCAUACAACUACAGAGUGGGCUGGUGGGCGGAGUCAUACAAUCACAGGGUGGGCGGGUGGGCGGGGUCAUACAACCACAGGGGCGGUGACUCUUGCUCAGUCCGAGUAGUGUUUUCAUGUGAUGGGUCACUGUGAUGAGGUCAGCGCUCUGCUUUGUUUAUCAGACUUUAACACUCCUCUGAAGAUUAAUUACAAACACUGAUUUAUAUCUGAGCUGACGAACAUGUUGUGUGUUGUGAUGUUAUGUUUAAUGUGCGACUGUGUUGACUGUGAUGAGUUCAUGUUCCCUCUCAGACUGCAUGUAAAUCAGACACUCAGUUUGCCUCCACCAUCCCUCUGCUGCUGUUACAAAGAAGAAUCACUGCAGUGCUGUUGUUUUUAUUUAUGUUUGUUUGUUUGUUACAUUUCUGGAACAUCACGUGUUUACACAUAAUCUGAGCUCUGAUUGUGUACUGAUGAUGUCACAUCCUGAAUACAGAGCAGUGUGAGAGGAGCAGGAGACACUUUAGCGUUAGUGAUGUGUGUGACAGACGAGGUGUGAAUGAUUGUUUUGUGUCCUCUGACUGUUCCACGUCACCAGCAUGAAUCCUGCACAUUCAGUCACACACCGACGUCUUCUUUCUUCUUUGUAAAAGGUUCAUGUUUAUAGAAAUUAAUAAUUAAAACUAUGCAUGUGUAGACGAUCCCCAGGUGACUGAUUCUGACGAUGCAGCUCUGUUAUUGAUGCAGUUUUUCUCCACAUGUAACUUUACAUAUUAAACACGUUAUUAAAAACAAUCAGGAACAUACUGCAUCUGUUUUAUCGCUGUCUUUAAAGCUGUCUGUGACUUUAUUCUGCACCGAUCCUUCCUGACCCUUCUGACAUUAAAGGAAACGACCACUUCCAUUUUAUUCUCCAUUUAUUUUCACAUAUUUUAAAAAGAAGAAUUACAAUCAUACUCUUCAUAAAGCUAAACCUGAAACCUAUAAAAAGUAAAUACAAUCAAACAAAGUGUGACUAAAACAUUAGCUUCUACAUCACAUUUCUAUUCCAGCACAUGUUUAGUGGGAUUUUUAUUAAUAUAGAAAAACAAAAUAUGAUGAUUUGUUUGUUGGUAUCGCUGCUUAAAAUCAUUGUGAAACCCAUCAACAGAAUAUUUAAUGAGAUUUAAUUUUCUUAUUUAUAGCUUCUAACAGGGGAGAAAAAAGUUGGUAUUCAGGGGUUAAUGUAAAACCUCUGGACUUAUAUUUUAAAUGAUUCAAUCUUUUACUGGAGCUUUUCACAACAUAAUGUAGUGUGUUUAUUUAUAUGAGUAAUUUUUACACUGAAAUCAACAAAAAUGGAAUACUGUGAGGCCCGGCCCAGCAUCGGCCCAGCAGUGGCCCAGCAUCGGCCCAGCAGCGGCCCAGCAGCGGCCCAGCAGCGGCCCUCAGCACGCCGGAAGAAAUGAGUCCUGUAAAAUAUAUUUAACUGUAACCUCACAGUUAGAGCCUGUUACAUUACUGAUAUAUGACAGAAUGUUCCUGUAAAUGACUGAAUUUACAUCUGAUUACUGUGAUUUAUCAGUAUGCUCCUGUAAAAUUAUUAUAUUUACCUGCAUAAAUUUCACAAUAAAAUGUGGUUAAAUAUCACAGUAAAAGCCUGUGAGGUGAUAAUAAUGUCAUUUACUGUGAAAUAUUACAGUUACAUAUUGUAACUUCCUGGAAAUAAUUUGCAGUGCAGUUGUUUUUACAGUUUAACAUUGUCACACAACAACAACCUGUGUAAAUAAAUAAUUCUAAUUAACA